UUAGGUUGUUAGAAAGUUAAUGGCUGGGGGAAAGAGAACCUCCUCAACCGUAGCUUCGGGAGAGUUUCUGGAUUCCCUGAAGUAAAACAACGCAAAUAGCCGGAAGGAAAGAGUCUGGACGGACGGUUUACGUCAACAACUCGCUCGUUAACCCACGUAUCGUGAAAAUAAUUAUGCAGGAUGCAGUAGCCGGGACGGCAAUGCUGACGGACGGCUUCGAGGACGAGAUUGACUCGGUGACUCCUCGCUCCCCAGUGGCAGGGAUGGGGGUAGGAGCGACACCAGGAGGAGUCGGGCUAGGGGGCAUUGGGAUUGGUGUGGGUGGAAAGAAAGUACGCUUGUACGGCGAACCUGGCGGGCCUUCCGCGGACAGACUGGAUUUCAAACUGGCGGCCGCGGCCGUCCUCUCAUCGGGUCCGGGAUCCGGCAGCGACGAAGACGAGGUUUCAGAGGUUGAGUCCUUCAUUUUGGACCAAGAGGAUCUGGAUAACCCCAUCAUGAAGACAGCAUCAGAGUUACUUUUGUCUAGCGCAACAGACGGAGUUGAUUUGAGGACUGUAGAUCCAGAGACACAGGCCCGGCUUGAAGCGCUACUAGAAGCUGCAGGCAUCGGUAAACUGUCCACUGCCGAUGGUAAAGCUUUUGCAGACCCUGAGGUGCUGCGACGACUGACGUCAUCUGUGAGUUGUGCCCUGGAUGAAGCUGCAGCUGCGCUGACUCGUAUGAGAGCUGAAAACACACUCAACGCUGGCCAAGCUGACAAUCUGGUUAUUUUCAGCCGUAGUUUAGCGGAGGCGUGCUCAGACGGGGACGUCAAUGCUGUGCGCAAAUUGCUGGAUGAGGGACGAAGCGUCAACGAGCACACAGAGGAAGGGGAGAGCCUGCUAUGUCUUGCCUGCUCGGCUGGCUAUUAUGAACUUGCACAGGUUUUGUUGGCAAUGCAUGCCAAUGUGGAGGACCGAGGUAUUAAAGGGGAUAUAACGCCUCUCAUGGCUGCUGCUAGCGGAGGAUACGUGGACAUAGUCAAACUGCUUCUGGUACACGGAGCAGAUGUAAAUGCACAGUCCUCCACAGGUAACACGGCUCUGACGUACGCAUGUGCCGGUGGAUUUGUGGAUGUGGUGAAGGUGCUGCUAAAAGAGGGUGCUAACAUCGAAGACCACAAUGAGAACGGACACACACCUCUAAUGGAGGCAGCCAGUGCUGGCCACGUCGAGGUGGCUAGGGUACUCCUCGAGUAUGGCGCAGGCAUUAACACUCAUUCCAAUGAGUUCAAAGAGAGCGCUCUCACACUUGCCUGCUACAAAGGUCACUUGGACAUGGUGCGUUUUUUGUUGGAGGCUGGAGCAGACCAGGAACAUAAGACUGAUGAGAUGCACACCGCACUGAUGGAGGCCUGCAUGUCCCAGGAUGGCCAUGUGGAGGUGGCACGGCUGCUGUUGGACAGCGGUGCACAGGUCAACAUGCCAGCGGAUUCUUUUGAGUCGCCUCUUACCCUUGCAGCUUGUGGAGGACACGUGGAGCUGGCAGCCUUGCUAAUAGAGAGAGGAGCCAACUUGGAGGAGGUUAAUGAUGAGGGCUACACCCCCUUAAUGGAAGCAGCAAGAGAAGGGCAUGAAGAGAUGGUAGCUCUACUGCUUGCUCAAGGUGCUAACAUCAAUGCCCAGACAGAAGAGACCCAGGAGACUGCUCUAACGCUAGCAUGCUGUGGAGGUUUCUUGGAAGUGGCGGACUUCCUUAUCAAAGCUGGGGCUGACAUUGAGUUGGGCUGCUCCACUCCUCUCAUGGAAGCAGCACAAGAAGGCCAUCUGGAUCUGGUCAAAUAUCUACUGGCUGCAGGCGCAAACGUUCAUGCCACCACAGCGACAGGAGACACAGCUCUGACAUACGCGUGUGAGAAUGGUCACACGGAUGUAGCGGAUGUACUACUACAGGCUGGAGCCAACCUGGAACAUGAGUCUGAAGGGGGGCGGACACCCUUAAUGAAGGCAGCAAGAGCGGGGCAUCUCUGUACAGUGCAGUUCCUUAUCAGCAAAGGUGCUAAUGUGAACAGAGCUACCGCCAAUAAUGAUCACACAGUGGUGUCUCUGGCCUGUGCCGGAGGACAUCUGGCUGUGGUGGAGUUGCUGUUGGCACAUGGGGCAGACCCUACACACAGACUCAAAGAUGGCUCCACAAUGUUGAUAGAAGCUGCUAAGGGUGGCCACACUAACGUCGUGUCCUACCUGUUGGACUAUCCCAACAACAUUCUGUCUGUACCAGCCCCUGAUCUCUCCCAGCUCACUCCCCCCUCGCAAGAUGCUUCUCAGGUUCCUCGCGUCCCAUUCCAAGCUCUCGCCAUGGUGGUCCCCCCUCAAGAGCCUGACCGAGCCCCAUCAAACAUCGCAACACCCCCACCUGUCUCCAGCAAGGGUGUGUCCAAACCGAGACAGGCAGCACUUCAGCCCGGUGUCUCCAGUUCCAUGGGCAGGGGGCCUGAAGCAGAGCCUCUGCCACCCUUUCACCUGUGCCAGCCUCUGGAGUGCAUUGUGGAGGAGACGGAGGGAAAGUUGAACGAGCUAGGCCAGCGGAUCAGCGCUAUUGAAAAAGCCCAGCUUCAGUCACUAGAGCUUAUCCAAGGGGAACCACUCACCAAAGACAAGAUUGAGGAGCUGAAGAAGAGCAGAGAGGAGCAGGUUCAGAAGAAAAAGAAAAUCUUGAAGGAGCUGCAGAAGGUGGAACGCCAGUUGCAGCUAAAAACACAGCAACAGUUCACCAAAGAAUACAUGGAGGCAAAGGGCUUAAAGGAGGACCAAGAGGCUGGACAGAGCCAAGGCCCGGGCCCUGGGCCUGGAAGUACAAUUCCUGGUCCCCUUUCCAUUAUGCCAGGUGCCCAAGUACACACAAGCUCUGACACAGACGAGGAGACCAACAAAGAUGGGGACGAAGACGACUUGCCUGGCGAGGAUGGAGAAGAUGAUGAGGACGAUGAAGACGACGACGAUGAAGACGAUGAUGAUGAGGACGAUGAUGGGGAUGAGGAGGAAGGUUCAGAGGAAGAGGCAGAUGGAGAUGAGGAUGAUUACACCAAGCUUCCUCAAGUGGGCACAAUCCUUUACAGAGAUGGACCACAGCCUCCUCAGCAGCCCCCACUGCCCCCUUCACCGCAGGCCCAACCCCAGCCACCGCCUCCACCUCUUCAUGCAGCCUUUGUUCCUGUCCAGCCUCUGCCGGAAUACAACCCUGCAGACUACCCAGGAAGUACUUGCCCUGACCUCCAAAGGGUACUGGUAGGCCAACAGAUGCUGGGCCAACAGCAGCAGGGCCAAGGUCAACAGUUAUCUGGGUUAGGUCCUGGAAUGAUUCCUCAGCAGCCCCCGGAUGGUCUCAUGGUUGCCACACCUGCACAGACGCUCACUGACACGCUGGAUGACAUCAUGGCAGCUAUGAGCAGCCGCGUGCCCAUGCUUAACACAACCACCUCACCCACUCCCUUGUCCCAACCGCCCACACAGACGUCUGCUAACAUCUCCUCGCCACCAUCUGUGCUCCCCCUCUACCCCUCGGUUGACAUUGAUGCACACACGGAGAGUAACCAUGACACAGCGUUGACACUGGCAUGCGCAGGAGGGCACGAGGAGCUAGUGUCUGUCCUCAUUGCACGGGGAGCCAACAUUGAGCACCGCGACAAAAAAGGCUUUACCCCUCUCAUCCUGGCUGCUACCGCUGGCCAUGUUGGCGUUGUGGAAGUGCUCCUCGACAAAGGGGGUGACAUCGAGGCCCAGUCUGAAAGAACCAAAGACACACCUCUCUCCUUGGCCUGCUCUGGGGGACGACAAGAGGUUGUCGAGUUGUUGCUGUUACGGGGAGCCAAUAAGGAACACCGCAAUGUUUCAGACUACACACCUUUGAGCCUUGCUGCCUCAGGCGGUUAUGUUCACAUCAUCAAGAUACUCCUCAAUGCUGGAGCCGAAAUCAACUCCAGGACCGGCAGCAAACUAGGAAUCUCUCCCCUGAUGCUGGCAGCGAUGAAUGGUCACGUACCGGCAGUGAAGUUGUUGCUGGAUAUGGGCUCAGACAUCAACGCCCAAAUUGAGACCAACAGGAACACGGCUCUGACCCUAGCCUGCUUUCAGGGGCGGGCUGAGGUUGUUAGUCUGCUGCUCGAUCGCAAGGCUAACGUUGAACAUCGUGCUAAGACUGGUCUCACUCCUCUGAUGGAAGCGGCUUCAGGGGGUUAUGCCGAGGUUGGCCGUGUUCUUUUAGAUAAAGGUGCUGAUGUCAAUGCUCCACCAGUUCCCUCAUCCAGAGACACUGCUCUCACCAUUGCUGCUGACAAGGGUCAUUACAAGUUUUGUGAGCUGCUUAUCAAUAGGGGAGCCCAUAUUGAUGUACGCAACAAGAAAGGAAAUACGCCUCUAUGGCUGGCAGCAAAUGGCGGUCAUUUUGAUGUGGUCCAGCUCUUGGUGCACGCCAGUGCCGAUGUGGAUGCAGCAGAUAACCGCAAAAUCACACCUCUCAUGGCUGCUUAUCGCAAGGGUCAUGUAAAAGUGGUGCAGUACCUUGUCAAGGAAGUCAACCAAUUCCCAUCAGAUAUCGAGUGCAUGAGAUUCAUAGCCACCAUUGCUGACAAGGAGCUGUUGAAGAAGUGCCACCAGUGCAUGGAGACCAUUGUCAAAGCCAAAGACCAACAAGCAGCUGAGGCCAACAAAAACGCGAGCAUUCUCCUCAAGGAGCUAGAUCUUGAGAAGUCUCGAGAGGAGAGCAAAAAGCAGGCUCUGGCUGUCAAGCGAGAGAAGCGCAAGGAGAAACGCAAGAAGAAGAAAGAGGAGCAGAAGAGGAAGCAGGAGGAAGAGGAGGGCCAGAAAACCAAGGAGGACUUCUCGGAUAUGCAGGAGCUGAAGGAAGAUUCCGCAGAAGAAACAGAGGUUCCUAUUGAGCCUCCCAGUGCAACUACCACCACCACCAUCGGUAUAUCUGCCACCUCAACCACUUUCACCACAGUUUUUGGUAAGAAGAGAGCAAGUGUAGCCACGACCCCAAUUACCAACCGCAAGAACAAAAAGAACAAGACCAAGGACUUGCCAAAUGAAUCGAUAAUAUUACAGGAUCCGCAGGUUGCACUUGCACAGCACAAGGCUGACAAAAACAAAAUCCAUGGUGAACCUCGAGGUGGAGGGGGAAUGGCAGGUGGCAACAGUGAUUCUGACCCUUUGGAUAGUACCGACUGUGCAAGUGAAAGCAGCAGCAGUGGAGGGAAGAGCCAGGAACUCAACUACCUCCCUGACCUCACCUCAUCCACGUCGUCGUCCUCUUCUUCCUCCUCAUCAUCUUCCUCUGCCCCUUCUUUGGGAGCCACCCAGUCCCAAGCUCUUGGAGUUGGUCCCGAAAAAAGACACUGUCCUCAGCCCCAAACUGAAGUCAAGUUGGACAAGGUCACGGUCUCCAUCUCAAAACCAACACAAAAAGCUCCAGACAUGAGCGACUCCACCUCAAACACUUUACCCUCUCCAUUCAAGACCAUGGCUCUUCCGGUUACCUCACCCAACAGUAAGCUCAGCCUUACGAGCCCCAAAAGGGGCCAGAAGAGGGAAGAAGGUUGGAAGGAAGUUGUCCGGAGAUCUAAAAAGCUUUCGGUGCCAGCCUCUGUCGUGUCACGUAUCAUGGGCCGUGGGGGCUGCAACAUCACAGCCAUUCAAGAUGUGACAGGAGCCCACAUCGAUGUGGACAAACAGAAAGACAAGAAUGGCGAGAGGAUGAUCACCAUUAGGGGAGGCACGGAGUCUACACGAUACGCAGUACAGCUAAUCAAUGCUCUAAUCCAAGACCCAGCCAAAGAGCUUGAGGAUCUGAUCCCUCGGAAUCACAUUAGAGCCCCAGGCUCAAAAAUGUCCUCGGCUUCUUUCUCCAGCUCUGCAGGGGGAGGCAGUGGUCCAAAUUCGGGGCCAAAGUCACUUAGCUCUCUGGUAACCUCUACUGGCAUGUCGUUCCAGCCUUCAUCAUCCACGUCGUCGUCCUCUUCUCAGGCCGGAAAGAUUGGGAAAGGCCUCUCAUCAAAUGUCAGACAACCUUUCCCGGUAUCUCUGCCCCUCGCGUAUGCCCACCCUCAGCUGGCCCUCCUGGCCGCUCAGACCAUGCACCAGAUCAGACACCCUCGGCUUCCCAUGGCCCAGUUUGGUGGCACUUUCUCUCCUGCAGCCAGCACCUGGGGACCCUUUCCUGUGCGACCCGUGAGUCCAGGCAGUGCUAAUAGCUCCCCCAAACAUAAUGGAGGCAGUGCCGCAGGCCAGGCAAGACCCAACACGACCCCAAGCGAGCAUAGCCACACUUCCAGCUCCGCAGCUUCAGUCACCACUACCAACACCAUGACCACCACCGCCACCAGUGCUCCCAACUCAUCUACGUCAGCAUCGCCUCACACCCCCAACCCCACCCCAUACAAUCCUCAGCCGAACAUUCCCACACCCUCUUCGGUCCGUAAACAACUCUUCGCCCCAGAUCCCAAGUUGGCUGCUGUCACCACCGUGUCUGUCGCCACAACUGCAACAAGUGGCGGAAAUGCAGUACGAGGCACAGGUUCGCCUGCACACCACAGUUCCUCUGCAACUGCAGCUCAUAGUUCCCAGCAGUCGGUGGGUUCCAUCUCACAGCCGGCUCUCCAGCAAGGUAAAAGUGAACCCAGUGCUGUUGUGACUCCAGGAAAAGAUAAGCCCCCUCAACAUGCUGAGAGUCAGCCAGUUUCUGCCAGCGAAACCAUCACUUCUGUCGGUUUUUCCACAGCGGCUAUGGCUUUGCCUCCCAAACAAGAGCCUCGGCAACAGUUGCCUCCCCUAUCCUCGUCUGUGUCGUCCACAGAGCCUCCCCCAGCGCUUCUCAACUCACAGCCCAGUUCCCAUCUCACCUCAGUACCUCCUCCGGUCCUCUCACAUAAUGUUGCACACCCCAACAACACAUUGCCACACUUCUCCGCCCCUGCGCCCAGAGUCUCCCAUCGUAUGCAGCCAUCAGGGCCUUACUAUUCCCUUCCUGAACAACAGCAGCAGCUGCAAACACAACAGCAGCCACAGUCUGUGUUUGUGCCCUUCAACCUUCAGCAAGAACCUGCUAAACAGACCCAAAACCAGACAUCCCAGCCAACCAGUUUGCCUCUGCAGGCUCAAGCCCAAGGCUCCCUUCAGGUCUCCGCUAAUCUUGGCAUGAUGAAUGGUUCCCAAAUUCAGCAUGUGGCCAACGCUGGCAAGCAAAUGCCGCCUAACUUUGGUCCUGCAGGCCUUUUCAAUUUCAGCAGCAUCUUUGAAAAUAACAACCAGGUGGGAAACAAUCAGGUGUGGGGUGCGUGCCAUCUUCCCGCUCGUUCACCUCCAGAGCCGUCAUACUCGGCCCCACCAGCCUACGUGAGCGUGGGCCAGAUGGAGAAUAUGAUACCGCCACCGCCUCCAGACAAUGCCAAAGCUCCUGGUUAUCGAUCUGCCUCUCAAAGGAUGGUCAACAGCCCCAUCGCAUUGACCAGCUAUGCCACCAGUAUCUCUGGGAGUCCAGUUUAUCUGCACGGUCAUACGGCUGUUGGCACGCCCUCAUUUAGCAGGCAGCACUUUUCACCACACCCUUGGAGUGCAUCCACAUCAGGUGAGUCUCCAGUACCACCUCCAACGGUGUCCACCUCCAGCCACUCCACCUCCGCUGUGGCCCCCCCACCCCAGCCCAAGCAAGGCGCCUCCUCACAGCAGGACCGGAAGGUUCCUCCACCCAUUGGCACGGAGCGGCUGGCGAGGAUCAGGCAGACGGGUUCGGUGAACCCCCCUCUCCUCACCACCAGCUACACGGCAUCUGUUGGGCAGGGCGGCAUUUGGUCGUUUGGUGUCGGGAGUGCUUCAGAGGGCAUGUCUGGUUGGUCGCAGCCCCUGAUGAGUAGUCACAUGAUGCAUCCUCAGCUGCAGGCUGAGCAGUCGGCCUUCUCUCAGCACCAGCCCAUGGAGCAGGAUGACACGGGCAUUGCUAACCCUGCUAACAACUUCCAUCACCCUCAGCACAUGCCCAACACGUACAUGGACUUCCCUAAAGGCAUGCCCAUGUCAAUGUACGGAGGAACCAUGCUGCCCCCUCAUCCACCUAUGGCCGAGGGCCCCGGGGGACCCAUGUACAAUGGCUUACAUGCUGGUGACCCCGCAUGGAGUCCCAUUAUCAAAGUGGUCCCAAACAACGCAGACAACGCUGACCCACAACAGCAGAUGUGGCCUGGUACCUGGGCGCCUCACGUGGGCAACGUGCACCUGAAUCACGUCAACUAGAAGGCUACAUCAAUAAAAAUAAAAAAACCAUGGCAUGACACACAGCGCAAACAUGGCUUGCCAACUGACGACUACGACUAAUUACGACAAAGAACAAAAGAGAGUACAGCAUAAUAACUUGAGUAUAGAACUGAGGGUGCAGAGUUGGAAAAAUUCAAAGUUCUCCUGAGCCCAUCCUUGACGUGCCUAUUUGAAACAAGAGGAGAUUGGGGAGUGUCCUGAUAAUUCAAACAAAAUAUGCGAUCGCCUGUUCAACAGAAACAAUUCUGUGCAUAGUUUAGCGAUUUUGACUUAAACCCGCAUACACGUUCUUUGGCUGCAGGGGGCUGAACCUGAAGUAGUUAUUUAAACUCGGCCCAGACCUAGAUGAUGAUUACCUAAAGAGAAAUCAGAACCUUUUAGAGUGGUAAAUACAUGUAUAAUUGUUUACAUACUAAAAAGGGUUAAAAUGAGAGUAAAUUUCAUGUCGUAUAGUGGCUCUACUUUAUGUAGCCUGUAUUAAUGUGAAAUAUUUACCUUAAUAUUCAAUAAAAAGAUUGAAAAGUA